GAAGUGUUAGGCUGCGCACCGGAUGCCGCCUAUCACGUCGCCGCUAACAGAGCGGCGUGCCCGCUCCCAAGAUGGCGGCAGUGGUGUCCGGCGCGCUUGCCCGGGCGGGUUGGAGGCUCUUGCAGCUGCGGUGCCUGCCCGUUUCCCGCUGCCGACCAGCCCUGGUGCCCCGUGCCUUCCAUGCUUCUGCAAUGCGGCUGGGGUCUUCAGAUGGACAGAAGCAACAGUCUCCCCCCACUUUUUCUCAGCAAGAUUCUGAGGCUCGAGGAGCAGAAGAACCUAAUCCAGAGUCUUCUCGUUCACCUCCCAGGUAUACCGAUCAGGGUGGUGAGGAGGAGGAGGACCAUGAGAGCGAUGAGCAGCUGCAGCACCGCAUCCUGACAGCAGCCCUGGAGUUUGUGCCUGCCCACGGGUGGACAGCAGAAGCAAUUGCAGAAGGAGCCCGUUCUCUGGGACUCUCCAGUGCGGCAGCCAGCAUGUUUGGCAAUGAUGGCAGUGAGCUGAUACUCCAUUUUGUGACUCAGUGCAACGCCCAGCUCAACCAUGUGCUGGAAGAGGAACAGAAGCUGGUACAGCUAGGCCAGGCCGAGAAGAGGAAGACAGACCAGUUCCUGAGGGACGCAGUGGAAACCAGGCUGAGAAUGCUGAUCCCGUACAUUGAGCACUGGCCCCGGGCCCUCGGCAUCCUCUUGCUCCCACACAACAUCCCACCCAGCCUGAGCCUCCUCACUAGCAUGGUAGAUGACAUGUGGCAUUACGCUGGGGACCAGUCUACCGAUUUUAACUGGUAUACCCGCCGAGCUGUGCUGGCUGGCAUCUACAACACAACGGAAUUGGUGAUGAUGCAGGACUCCUCCCCAGACUUUGAGGACACUUGGCGCUUCCUGGAGAACCGGAUUAAUGAUGCAAUGAACAUGGGCCACACUGCCAAGCAGGUGAAAUCCACUGGAGAGGCACUAGUGCAAGGACUCAUGGGUGCAGCAGUGACGCUCAAGAAUUUGACAGGUCUAAAUCAGCGCCGGUGAACAGGAAGGGAUAUAAUCUCAAUGCCCAGAAUGAAACUCCUCUGGAUAUAUUUAAAGGGCUUUGAAAAGUGUGCAGUGCCAUCCACGGAACACGGUGUUAAUGAGGAAGCACCGAAAGUAUCCUGACUCACUACCACAGCCACCUGGACGCCACAGGGCACUUGAUAGAGUUCCAGCCUGCAGUUGGGCCUCUUGUUCAGUUCCUGACACCAGGCCCGGCCUCCUGAUGUCUUUCUGCAUUGCAGCUGUGUGAUAUAAAAAAUGAGGCUCCUGUCCAAGCAUCUACUUCAGCCAUGGAAACCCAGAGCAUGUCUCAUGAUCUCACAGACACCUUGAUCAUCUCUGAACCUUCAGGGUCUAGAGCCACCACAAGGUGGCAGCGUAAGCUCAGCACAGCACAGGCAGGUGCAUAUAGGCUUCGUGGAGCCCCUAGCCUCUGAUGUUCAGAGACAUGGUACCUGGGUACCCUGUAAGUCAACUACUUUAUUUGAGACAGGUGCCUGCUGGACAGUGGCACUCAGCUGUAUCAGGCCUGGAAUCGCAUCACACCAGCUUGCAUACCAGGAUGAUUAGUAAAUUAGAAUCUGUGAAAGUAAUAAAUAUAUUCUAAUCAGUU